UUUCAGUGUGGACACGUGACAUGUUGUAGAAAGUUGACUAAUCUUCUUCACGCUCCCUCUCUGGUUUCUCCACAGGACUGUGGGCUGAACACACAACAGGUCCAGAAGAAUUCAGGUUGGUAGGAACAGACAGUCGCUGUACUGGUGGACUGCAGAGGAGGAUCCAGGGAUCUGAGUGGAGUGAAGUAUGGGACAUAGACAUGAAGAUUCUAGCCAAUGUUUGCAGAAGACUGGAUUGUGGUUCUCUGGUGUCAGUCAGAGAAACAAGAGACAAUUUGAACAUAACUUGUUCAGACUCUGUCAGGCUGGAGAACAGAUCCAGUCGGUGUUCAGGCAGGCUGGAGGUGAAGUCCAACAACUGGUGGUCCUCCGUGUGUGAAGAUGACUUUGACCUGCUGGAUGCAGAGGUGGUCUGUAGGGAGCUGGGCUGUGGGGCUCCUUCAGUCCUCCAGGGGGCGCUCUAUGGAGAAGCAGAAGCUCCCACAUUGAGAAGAGAGUUUCUCUGUGAAGGUCAUGAGUCUGUUCUUCUGGACUGUGGAAGCUCAUGGAGGAAAACAAAAGCCUGUCCACCUGACAAAGCUGUUGGACUCACCUGCUCAGAUCCUGAUACUGUGAGACUGAUGGGAUCGAGUCGUUGUUCUGGUGAACUCCAGGUGAAAAAUGGAAGAAAAUGGAGAGCUGUUUAUGCCUUUUCAUUUGAAAGAAAAGAAACAAUAUUUGCAGCUGUGUGCAAGAAGCUGAAGUGUGGAUCCUACGUUUCAUCGACAACUAAACAACUUCCAAGACAAAAGCCAGUUUUCAAGUUUAGUUCUACCUGCUUAGAUAAAUUUCCAAUAAAUAUGGAGGAAUGUGUGUAUGAAGAUACAAUUAGCAGCCAGACGGUGGAAAUCACCUGCUUAGUAACCUGA